ACCCGAGUAGAACAGCAUCACGUCCGCUUUCGCGUUGCUUGCAAAUGAUUGAAAGACAAGAGCUGGACGACACGCAUUAAAAGACUCCGGGACGACUUUACAUCGCUCGACAAGGAAAUGGCCAAUCAGUGCGAUGCAUUCCCCGGACACGGAAGGGAGGUCCGUCACACCGAAAACAGCCACGACAGGAUAUAUAUGGACUACAAUGCUACGACGCCGGUGGCACCAGAAGUGAUCCAGGCCACCAACGAGGCCCUGUGGGACGCCUGGGGAAACCCGAGUAGCAGUUAUGUUGAAGGCAUGAAAGCGAAGGCCCUCAUUACUCGGUCCAGAGAGAAUGUGGCAAGAAUGGUCGGAGGCAACCCCGAGGACAUCUUUUUCACUUCGGGCGGAACCGAGUCCAACAACAUGGUGCUCCACAGCGCCGUCGAACAUUUCAGGGAGCAGCAUGGCGAUGCCGGCGAGGGAGACGACGGAAACCUCCCACACAUCAUCUCCUGCAACGUGGAGCACGACUCUGUUAAACUGGUGGCCGAGCAUCUGAAGAAGAAAGGCAAAGCCGAUUGGACCUGCGUGCCUGUUUCCAAGGUGACGGGCCGCGUCGAGGCGGACGACGUGGUCGCCGCCGUGCGCCCCACGACCUGCCUGGUGUCUAUCAUGCUGGCCAACAACGAGACGGGCAUCAUCAUGCCCGUCGGUGAGAUUUCCGAGCGCGUCCGGUCACUGAAGCAACAAGACAAGCGUGUGCGUGUCCUCAUCCACACGGACGCCGCUCAGGCCCUGGGGAAGAUCCCUGUGGACGUCAAGCAACUGGGCGUGGAUUACCUCACCGUCGUGGGCCACAAGUUCUACGGGCCGCGCAUCGGCGCGCUGUUUGUGAACGGCCCCGGGGUGAAAACGCCGCUCCAUGCUAUGCUGAUAGGCGGCGGGCAGGAAAGGAACUUUCGACCUGGCACAGAAAACACGCCAAUGAUUGCUGGACUGGGAAAGGCUGCGGAACUGGUGACAGCUCACCUGUCCGACUACGAGAGUCACACGCUGGACAUUCGAGAAUACCUGGAGGAACGCCUCAAGGCCUUCCCCCAUCCUCCUGAGCUGCGGCGUGGCCCCCGAGGUGGCGUCCAACGCCCUGAGGCUGAGCGUGGGCCGCAAGACCAGCAGAGAGGACGUGGACGCGGCUGUGGAAGACCUCCAGGAGGCCGUCAAGCUACUGGAGCACGGCCACUAAAGCCUCUUGAUCGCACAGGCAGGCAAACACGCUUUUGCUACAUAUUUUAUCAUUAUAUACAAACUGCACACUUUUUUUUUUUCACAUUUUUAAAAUUUCUGUCAAGCACCUCUGCUUUCUAUUGGUGAAUAUUACGUAUCCAUCCAUCUAUCUUUUAUACUGCUUAUCUUGACUGAAAAAUUAUGAAUACUGAUGAGUCAGUUUGACAGCAACAAAAUUAUAUCAAGGUGUAAACUGAUUAAAUGGACCAUGAAAUAAGUAAGUCAUUCAAUAAAUACUGUACUUAACAAAAUGGGUCAAUUUAUUAACAUUUCAAAUUGUUUUUUGGAAAUUGUGGACGUCGUGUCCUCCGGGCCAAAGAGGAAAAGAACCAUCCGGACUCUUAUGGAGGCAAAGUUGAAAAGCCAGCAUCUGUGAUGGUGUGGGGCUUUGUUAGUGCCAAUGGCAUGGGUAACUUACACAUCUGUGAAGGCACCAUUAAUGUUGAAAGGUACGUACAGGUUUUGGAGAAACCUAUGCUGCCAUCCAAGCAACAUCUUUUUCAUGGACGCCCCUGCUUAUUUCAGCAAGACCUUGCCAAACCACAUUCUGCAUGUUUUACAACAGCUGUAGCUGUACAUCAAGCAAGAAUGGGAAAGAAUUCCACCUACAAAUCUUCAACAAUUAGUGUCCUCAGUUCCCAAACGUUUAUUGAAUGUUGUUAAAAGAAAAGGUGAUGUAACACAGUGGUAAA